AUGGCUUCAGCUACAUCUUCUCUAUGCUCAUCUACCCUCCAAUCCCAGAUCAAUGGACUCUCCCUUCGCAGAACUUCUCUUCUCCAUUCCCCUUCUCUCACUUUCUCUAGGAGAAAAUUUUCAACCGUGGUUAAAGCUUCAUCUCGUGUGGACAAGUUUUCAAAAAGCGAUAUCAUUGUUUCUCCAUCUAUUCUUUCCGCUAACUUUGCAAAAUUGGGAGAACAGGUAAAAGCAGUGGAGUUGGCUGGUUGUGAUUGGAUUCAUAUUGAUGUUAUGGACGGUCGCUUUGUUCCAAACAUUACAAUUGGACCUCUUGUGGUUGAUGCAUUACGCCCUGUGACAGAUUUACCUUUGGAUGUACACCUGAUGAUUGUAGAACCAGACCAGCGGGUGCCAGAUUUCAUCAAAGCAGGAGCUGACAUAAUCAGUGUUCAUUGUGAACAAUCUUCCACUAUCCAUUUGCAUCGUGCUGUUAAUCAAGUGAAAAGCCUGGGAGCUAAAGCUGGAGUUGUCCUAAACCCUGGUACCCCACUAAGUGCGAUAGAAUACGUUCUUGAUGUGGUUGAUUUGGUCUUAAUUAUGUCUGUAAACCCUGGCUUUGGCGGCCAAAGUUUUAUUGAGAGUCAAGUAAAGAAAAUUUCUGAGUUGAGAAGAUUGUGCGUGGAGAAGGGUGUGAAUCCAUGGAUUGAAGUCGAUGGUGGGGUUACCCCAGCAAAUGCUUACAAGGUGAUUGAGGCUGGAGCUAAUGCACUAGUUGCUGGUUCUGCUGUGUUUGGAGCUAAAGAUUAUGCUGAAGCUAUAAAAGGGAUCAAAGCUAGCAAAAGACCUGAACCAGUUGCUGUGUGA